AUAAUAGAUAGAGUUUUCAGUAAAUAUAUGUGAAUUCCCACCCACUAAAUACCUUACUGAUGACUUUCAUCUGAGCUGAACCACAAUAAAUUAAGACAGAAGAAACAGUUCCUACCAGGUUUGCUUCAGAUUUUGCAGGGUCAGGAAAUAAGUUAAUGUCUUUCCAAACCCCCACAAAACAUAACACCAAUUAGGGGUGUGCUCCUAAUUACCAAAAUGGAUAAGAUAAGACAACUCUCCUCAGUCAUAAGUGUCAACAAAAUAUGAUGCUCAUGUCAGCCAGAAUGGAAGUUAACUUCCCAUGGGAAACAGUGGCAAGAGGAAUUUAAAAAUAAAAACAAAAACCUACUGGUUGAAGAACCAGGUUGGGGAAAUAAUGAUUACAGUUGUAUUCUCUACUUAUGUGGAAAAACUUGUGAAAAUAAAAGCAGAAAAAGCCUCAGAAACAUCACAACCUGCCUUGGCAUAAUAGCCCAAAACCAUGAUGCUAAAUUUCUAUUCUGUAAUGAGCUGAUGAGGUUUAUCUUCUAAGGAUGGAAGUGAAGAAUGACUCACUCAGCAUUUAAAAAUGUAAUAAUGAACCUGACAUUGCUCCACCCAGACCCAUUUCUCAGAUAACCACCAACCUGAGGGCAACUGUCCUCCUACAGGAAUGAACCCAGCAAAGUGAGUUACUAAUUAGAAAAAAUCACCCAAUUAUGCCAACUUGCUGAGACUGGCAAGCCAUGUUUUACUCUAUGUAGGCAGAAUUUCAUUCAGAACACACUUGGGAGUUGCCUAUAAAAAGGCAAACAAAACCAUUUAGACGAGAAGGCACUCCAUUCUGGCUUUCACGAAUACAGCUCUGCAACGCGUUUGCCCUGAUACCAUGUCUCUUCGACUUUCCAGUGCAUCCAGGAGGUCCUGUCCUCGUCCCACCACAGGAUCACUCAGACUCUCUGGUGGGGGAACCAGCUUUGGGCCUGGAAAUUCUUGCGGCAUUUCAGGGAUUGGAAGUGGCUUCUCUUGUGCCUUCGGAGGCAGCUCAUCGGGAGGAAACACAGGGGGAGGUAAUCCCUGUGCUGGCUUCACUGUGAAUGAGGGGGGGCUCCUUUCUGGCAAUGAGAAGGUGACCAUGCAGAACCUCAAUGACCGCCUGGCAUCCUACCUGGACAACGUGCGUGCUCUGGAGGAGGCCAACGCUGACCUGGAGCAGAAGAUCAAGGGCUGGUACGAGAAAUUUGGGCCUGGCUCUUGCCGUGGUCUUGAUCAUGACUAUAGCAGAUAUUUACCAAUAAUUGAUGACCUUAAAAAUCAGAUCAUCGCAUCCACCACCAGCAACGCUAAUGCUGUUCUGCAGAUUGAUAAUGCCAGGCUUACAGCCGAUGAUUUCAGACUCAAGUAUGAAAAUGAGCUGGCUCUUCACCAGAGUGUAGAGGCUGAUGUCAAUGGGUUACGAAGAGUUUUGGAUGAAAUAACUCUGUGCAGAACAGAUCUGGAGAUUCAGUACGAAACCCUGAGUGAGGAGAUGACUUACCUAAAAAAGAACCAUAAAGAGGAAAUGCAAGUUCUGCAGUGCGCAGCUGGAGGCAACGUGAACGUGGAGAUGAACGCAGCCCCCGGGGUGGACCUCACAGUUCUGCUGAACAACAUGCGAGCUGAGUACGAAGCCCUUGCAGAGCAGAACCGCAGGGACGCAGAGGCCUGGUUCAACGAGAAGAGCGCCUCCCUGCAGCAGCAGAUCUCUGAGGAUGUCGGAGCCACAACCUCAGCCCGGAAUGAGCUGACGGAAAUGAAGCGCACUCUUCAGACCCUGGAAAUUGAACUUCAGUCUCUCUUAGCCACGAAACACUCCCUGGAGUGCUCCUUGACAGAGACCGAGAGCAACUACUGUGCACAGCUGGCGCAGAUCCAGGCUCAGAUCGGGGCCCUGGAGGAGCAGCUGCACCAGGUCAGAACCGAGACCGAGGGCCAGAAGCUGGAGUAUGAACAGCUCCUGGAUAUCAAGCUCCACCUGGAAAAAGAAAUUGAGACCUACUGUCUCCUUAUAGGAGGAGAUGAUGGGUAGGUAAAAUAAUUUGCAUGGAUGGCGUAAUAUACUGAAAUCUGCUUGCAAGUUAGAUCCCACUUUCCACUGGAAAGUGGACAUAAUUUGGCUGCAUGCAUUUACUAUCAUGAAUGCUAAAUAUUAAAUAUAAUACACACUCGACUGCCAAGAUACAAAUUAACAUCUUAACAAACAAAUAUGCAGCAGGCACCGAGUUUAAGGUAUUGAACAUUGAAAAUAUCACUUCUAGAGUGAAAAGAACAAACAGGAGGCUAAAUGGAGUUUCAAUAUGUGGACCAGGAUUCUGACUCUGGAAAUGGUUUCUGAAGCUCAGCACUUCAUGACAUGAAGACAGAAUCCUGUCUUCAUAGCACUGAUAAAGUCCCAUGGGCACAGGUCUGGAAGUCUAGAGCUCAGGGUUGUUAGGAGCAGGAAGCUUCCUGAAUUCACAAUGAAGAGCAUUUUCAUCACCCCAGAAAGUUCUUCUGUGCCCCACUUCCCUUGGCAGUUACUAUUUUAUCCAUUCUUGAUGUUAAUAUAAAAGGAAUCAUACAGAAGAAAAAUCAAUUCUUAAUGCUGAAGCAGAGCAAAAACAUUACAGUCUCAGAGAAAACCCCACUUAGAAAAAAUAUCUUGUAAUUGCCUGACUGCUGAAGUGAUCUACACCACUCUUCCCCACCUAUCAUCAAACCCUCCCUCAUUGACUAGAGUGUUGCUUCCAAAUGUAAAUCCAUACACAGCUAUAUACAUUUGUCACAAUUCAUAAACCUGCAAAACUUAAAAGGGUGAAUUUCAACCUAAGUUGUACAAAUACACCCAGUGGCAUGCUAGAACUGCUGUUACCAUCUCAUGACAGCCUCUUCUGCCUAUCUCUUCCUAACCCCUCACUUAGUGAUGUCACUUGGUAACUUGAUAUCAGCAAUGGAAAAGGUAUUCAUACCUCUACAGAAAUCAGCAAACACUACAAAUCAAAAUACUGGGUUACACAGUUGAAAAUAACAAAGAGUUAAAGAAAACCAUAUGGUGAACCUGGAAUUGAUGGGGUUCUCUCUAAAUCACCCUCUUUUGUGGUGUUUUCACAGAGCCUGUAAGUCUGGGGCUUACAAGUCUAAAGAUUAUGGAUCUGGAAAUGUGGGAAGUCAAGUCAAAGACUCAGCCAAAGCCAUAGUGGUUAAGAAAGUUCUUGAGGAGGUAGACCAACGCAGCAAAAUACUUACCACCAGACUCCACUCACUGGAAGAGAAAUCUCAAAGCAAUUAAUUUGAGAUGCAACAGAGAACGUAUGCCACAUACCCCCUGCGAAGAAAAGGCAUUAUGUAUCUGUCCAGAAAAAUGCGCAUGUCUAAGAAAAAUGUGUAUCCUGUUGUCUUUCUGUUACUUUCUUUCUGGACAAUCAAUGACAGCAUCUCCUCAUUCUUCUGGAAGAAUGCCACACACAAAUAUGAUGACUCAUUUGAUUAUCCUACAAAAUCUGUUGUCAAUUCUUUGUAUUCAAUAAACCUCUUCUUUAGCAAGU